AUGUUGAUUACACCACCCUUUUGGAUUAAUAAUUAUGAAGAAUAUUUUGAAGGGAAAGACAAAUUAGAGGUCAAUGGUGAUUUGGAGUGUAUUUUAGUUGAAGAGGUGUCUUUUGUUGAUGUAUCAUAUAAAGAGAAAAUUUAUAAGAUACCAUAUAGUGUUUACAUGGGAUGUUUAACCAACAAUAACGAUAGUGUCGAAUAUUUAGAAAAAAUAAUUUUAAAGAAAUAA